GCGCCCCCGGCAGGGGACGGGGGCGGGCCCGGAGUCGCCGGCGGGGCGGGAGCCGGGCUGCCUGCGGCGGUCGGGCGCCUCUGCCCCUCCGGUGGCGUCCGGGGCUGCUUCCAGCUCUCCUCCCCGCGCCUUGCGUCCCAUCCCGGGACGAUCUCUCUGCUCCUCGGGGGCCCCCGGGAGGCGGAGUUCCCUCGGCCUGGGGGGACGGCGGCGGGGGAGCAGGGCAUGUGGAUACCUUGUGCCCCGCAGGGACAGGAGGAGACCUCGGCUGUGAGCAAGUCGCUUCCAUCCCCACCUUGGAAAGGGGCAGGUGGCUUCACUGUCUUCCUUCGAAAGAGGAGACGGCCACCUCUAGCGGGGCCAUGGAAAUCCCAGAAAGUGACUGAGCCUCUCAACAAAAGGCCUUGAACCCACAGCUCCGGGUGGAGCAACCUGGCAGAGGCUGCACGGAUCAUGGGAGAUCACCUUGACCUUCUCUUAGGCGUGGUGCUCAUGGCCAGUCCUGUGCUUGGAAUUCCUUCCUGCUCCUCAGAUGGCCAGGUGGCCUUAUAUCGUUUCUGCAACCUCACUCAGGUCCCCCAGGUCCUCAGCACCACCAAGAACCUCCUACUGAGCUUCAACUAUAUCAAAACAGUCACAACCACGUCAUUCCCCUUCCUGGAGCAGCUGCAGCUUCUGGAGCUUGGGACUCAGUUUACCCCCUUGACGAUUGACAAAGAAGCCUUCAGAAACCUGCCCAAUCUUCGAAUCUUGGACCUGGGCAAAAAUCAGAUAGACUUCUUGCAUCCAGAUGCUUUUCAGGGGCUGCCCCAUCUGUUUGAACUUAGACUCUUUUCCUGUGGUCUCUCCGAUGCUGUAUUGAAAGAUGGUUAUUUCAGAAAUUUAGAGUCUUUAACUCGCUUAGACCUAUCCAUAAAUCAGAUUCGUGGUCUCUACCUUCAUCCUUCAUUCCAGGACUUGAAUUCCCUGAAGUCCAUCGAUUUUUCCCUCAACCAAAUACCCAUUGUAUGUGAGCAUGGGCUCGAGCCCCUCCAAGGGAAAACACUCUCCUUUUUAAGCCUUGCUAAAAAUAACCUGUACAGCAGGGUCGCAGUGGACUGGAAAAAGUGUAUGAACCCAUUCAGAAACAUGGUCCUGGAAACCCUGGAUGUUUCUGGCAAUGGCUGGACCGUGGAUGUCACAGGAAACUUUAGCAGUGCCAUGAAUGGAAGCCAGAUUUUCUCUCUCGUUCUUGCCUACCACAUUAUGGGUUCUGGGUUUGGCUUCCAUAACAUCAAAGAUCCUGACCGGAACACAUUUGCUGGCCUGGCCAGAAGCUCGGUGAUACGCCUGGACCUUUCACAUGGGUUUAUUUUCUCCUUGAACUUCCGACUCUUUGAGACCCUCAAGGAGUUAAAGGUUCUGAACCUUGCCUACAACAAGAUAAACAAGAUUACAGAUGGAGCAUUUUAUGGACUUGACAACCUCCAAAUUCUCAAUAUGUCAUAUAACCUUCUGGGGGAACUUUAUAAUUCUAAUUUUGAUGGACUACCUAAGGUGGCCUAUGUCGAUCUGCAAAAGAAUCACAUUGGAAUCAUUCAGGCCGAAACAUUCAGAUUCCUGGAAAAAUUAGAGACCUUAGAUCUUCGGGAUAAUGCUCUUAAAACAAUUAAUUUUAUUCCAAACAUACCUAAUAUCUUCUUGGGUGGCAAUAAACUGGUGACUUUGCCAAACAUACAACUUACAGCCAACUUCAUCCACUUAUCAGAGAACAGGCUAGAAAAUCUAGAUUAUCUAUACUUCCUCCUCCAGGUACCUCAUCUCCAAAUUCUCAUUUUAAAUCAAAAUCGCUUUUCUACUUGUAACAAAGGUCAUGCCCCUUCAAAGAAUCUCAGCUUAGAACAGCUUUUCCUUGGAGAAAAUAUGUUGCAACUUGCCUGGGAAGGAGGGUUCUGUUGGGAUGUUUUUAAGGGGCUUUUCCAUCUACAAGUCUUGUAUUUGAAUAAUAACUACCUGAAUUUCCUUCCACCAGGAGUAUUUAGUGAUCUGACUGCAUUAAGGGGACUCAGCCUCAACUCCAAUAGGCUGACGGCUCUUUCUCCUGGAGACUUACCUGCUAAUUUAGAGGUCCUGGAUAUAUCCAGAAACCAGCUCCUGUCUCCUGAUCCUGAUUUAUUCGCAUCACUUAGUGCCUUGGACAUAACUCAUAACAAGUUCAUUUGUGAGUGUGAGCUUAGUGCCUUCAUCAAUUGGCUCAAUCAAACCAAUGUCACUAUAUUUGGGUCUCAUGCAGACAUAUACUGCAUGUACCCCGACUCAUUCUCUGGCGCUUCCCUCUACUCUGUUUCCACAGAGGGUUGUGAUGAAGAGGAAUUCUUCAAGUCUCUCAAUUUUUCCCUUUUCCUUUUAUUCACUGUCACUUUGACUCUGUUUCUCAUGACCAUCCUCAUAGUCACGAAGUUCCGGGGGUCUUGUUUCACCUGUUAUAUGACAGCCCAGAGACUGGUGUUCAAGGACCGUACCAGGGGCAGAGAAACAGACACGUACAAAUACGAUGCCUAUUUGUGCUUCAGUAGCAAAGACUUUGAAUGGGUGCAGAAUGCUUUGCUUACACACCUGGAUGCUCAGUACAGCGACCAAAACAGAUUUAAGCUGUGCUUUGAAGAAAGAGACUUUGUGCCAGGAGAAAAUCACAUCACCAACAUCCAGGAUGCCGUGUGGAGCAGCAGAAAGGUUGUCUGCCUUGUGAGCAGACACUUCCUAGGAGACGGGUGGUGCCUCGAAGCCUUCAGUUAUGCCCAGAGCAGGUGCUUAUCUGACCUCAACAGUGCUCUCAUCAUGGUGGUGGUGGGGUCCCUGUCCCAGUACCAGCUGAUGAAGCAUCAGUCCAUCAGAGGCUUCGUACAGACCCAGCAGUACUUGAGGUGGCCUGAGGAUCUCCAGGAUGUUGGCUGGUUUCUCAAUAAACUCUCUCAACACAUACUAAAGAAAGAAAAGGGCACAAAGAAAGACAAUAACAUUCCUUUGGAAGCUCUAGCAACCAUCUCCUAGUCAAAGGAGCAGUUUCAACUUAUCUCAAGCCACAAAUAGCUCUUCACUUUGUAUUUGCAUUAAAGUUACCAUUUUGAGGUUUUUGGAGGGAGUUUUUCCUACUAUGAAAACAAUAUAAAUCUCUCGAUUUUCAUAACAACGCAAUGUUUUGUCUCACUGACCUCCAAGUGGAAAGUAAUAGAUCUGGAAAAUUGCAACUGCCCCCACAGGUUCCCACUAUCCAUUGAUUUCUUUUCAGACCCAAUAAUAUUGUUCUCUCCCGUUGACUACAGAAUCUAUCGUAGUCAUGGGAAGGGCACCUUGAGAGAAGUUAUGGAUGGUUGACACCCUUUCUCCAGCGUCAGUUCCAGAAGGGGCUGGCCAAUGAUUCUGAGUGCUCUGCGCUCUGCAGAACAACAUUAAGUAGAAAACAAACAGAUAAAGAAGUGGUAUUUCCUUCUUUGGCCAUGGGAAUGGUGCCAUUGCUGGGUGCAGGUCACGCUCGGUCUCAGGGAUGAGAGGUGGCCCCAAAGAAGCCAGGAUGAGAAUAACUAGAUCUCUUGUGCUCAUUACCACUCUUCCUACGCUUACCUUCCAGAUCUAACCCUAGUGGGUCACGAACAUUCUUUUUUGCAUGCAGCCUUUGUUUCAGCCUGGCAUUCAAGAACUUCCAUGAUUUAGCACCAACCUAUCCCAGCUUUAUUUCCUCCCCCAUCUCAUUUAUCACCCACUCAGGCUGUUGCAGAAAGAACUUGGAUUUUGGACACAGAUCCUGGUUUGAGUGCUAAUUCUGCUGCUCAUUAGCUGUGUAAUCUCAAGCAUGUUACACACCCUUGCUGGGCCUCAGUGUUCUUAUCUGUGGGCAUGAUAAUAUCUACCUCAUAGAGUUGCCAGGAAAAUUAAAUUGGCCAAGGAUAUCAGGGCUUCUUAGUUGCCCAAAUGGCCUCGAGAGGGUAUACACACUGAGGGGUCUUCUGGAGGCAGUCAAAGUUUCUUUGAAGUUGUAUUUUUUUAUCUUAAAAUAAAUCUAUAUGUAUUUUG